AUGGCCGCCGGCGGACUCGCCUCAGCCCGUACCGCCUCUUUCCGCCGCGCUGACGCGCACACGCAAUCCGGCAUGAAGAUCGAGUGCGAGGCGCGGAUCGAGGUGCCCGCCGUCUGCUUUCCGCCCCAUGCCAAGUGCGAGGGGCCUCUGUACAAGUACAAGAUAGACACCGGGGUGGACCAGAAGCUGCGGGACCUGUGCUCCAGGGUGUGUCGAUGCGUAGACGAUCCGACAAAGAAGCAGCCCAAGGCGGUGCAGUUUGCCGACGAGCUAUGCGAGAUGGGCGGGCAUCACGGACUGGAGAACUACGUGCCGGAGAAUAAGGUGCUGUUGAGCGAGAAGCCGCCGGUCACCAAGGCGCCGGUCCGCAAGCUGCCUGUGAACAAGUCGGGCAAGUCAUGGCUGGACUUGGACGACCACGAGUAG